GUCCCCACUCAAGUACAUUCAUGUUUACUCUCUUAUACCUUUGUAAACGAGACUAAGCGACUAAAUGGUUCCUGAAUAGUGUAGGAAUGACUCUUGAAUGAUUCACCCUUACUGAAUGAUACAUGCUCGAUAGAAGUAACAUUGACCUCUGAUACAUCUCACCUCAUUCUCGCGGAAUUAUUCAUGACGCACACAAAAUCCCCGGUAGCGUGCCUAAAGAUAUGCACCCAGCCGCCAGCCUCACCUCCCGUAUACCCACGUGACGAGCUGAAAGCUUUGAGUACGCCCGGCCAGACCGUCGGGAAAGGAGUUGUCAUACCUGUAUAUGGCGCCGCCUGAGGCUUUGGUUGGCUCACAGGCUGAAUAGAAGAAUGCCUACCUACCUAUGAAGCUGAGAAUGGCAGCCUUGUACCACGUCAAAUCACUCAGCCUCAAGUUAGCGCUGCCAUCCAAAAGUGAUGACCUCGCUGGCCAGCUGUCACAACCUUCUCCAGAAUACACCUGUCUCCAAUUGUUGCCAUCCCAUCCAUUCUUGCCAUAGCCUGCGUCCCAAGAAAUCAUGGGGAACUCUUGCAGCAAGCUGCCGCCAAGGUCUGGCAAAGACCGCAGCACGACUGCUUCUGCCGUGCCCUUAUCAGACAUGACCAUUGCUGCGCCGAGUAGUAUGAGAGAGCCAGAACGACAUCCAGAUGUUGCUCCAAACUUGCACCCGCCUGCCCACAUGGGUCCCGCAAGCACCGGGCCGCUCCCGCCUGGCGCUAAUCCCGACCUCGAAUCUCUCACUGAGCCUGGUCCCGAAGCUCGUCAGGAGAGUCAACCCGCCCGUACAUCCAUACCCACAAUGCAGCCACAGACAGCCCCAGCUACUCCCGAUGUCUUACAGCAACGAACUCUUUGCGUGGUCCAAGCUAUGGAGAGACUCGAAGUGGGUCAGCCAGAGAUCUUCAAGCAGUUGGUGGACAUCAAGUCCACAGUUGAGAUUAAGGAUCACAUUGAUCCUUCAGAUUUACUGGACGUUGUUUUACCAAAGAUGAGGGAUGUUAAGCAGAUGCCCAAAGCGAUUGAAAAUACUAUCAGGUAUAUUCUCCAAUUCAAGGACAUGGUAUCAGCUGCCGCGACUAUCGAUCCCCACAAAAUCGCACCAGUUGUUUGGCGUGGGUUCUGCCUGAUACUGGAGACGUGCUUAGGCGAUUCUGCACUCGUUCGGGAAGAGCUAAGAGAACUGGAGAAAAUUAUCUCGAACCUCAGGCAAUGGACCAACAUCGAGUUGUUGUAUUUGGGGAAAACGAAGAAUGCUAGCUCAAUUAGGUUCAGGGAUCUGGAGCCUUCCUUGGUCAAUCUGCAAGUUGAGAUCCUGAAAUUAGAAGCCAAACUGUUUGGUUGGAUUUCUACUGGACGUAUCGCCCAGUUACUCAAGACACCGGAACGAAGCGCCACCUGGAAAGAGCUUGUCAGUAACAUAAACGCGAAUCAUGAUAUCUGUAAAAGCAACUUCGACCGCUGCAAGCUAGAGGACGAAAUAGUCGGGAGCGUCAAGAAAUGGGUAUGGAACUUCAGACCGGAACAAGCUCAUGAUGAUGCCCUUGAGAGGACUGGGGUCGCCCUGAAAUAUCGAGCAUGCGGGCAAUGGUUGCUGGACAAUGAGACAUUCAAGACCUGGGCCUCGACGUCCAAAGUAGAAUCAGAUGGCCAGAUCAUCUGGCUUCGCGGUACAACUGGUACUGGAAAAUCAACUCUCUUAUGUCGGAUAAUUCAAUGGCAUCUAGAUACAGCUUCUUUAUACCCCGGGACACGCUUUGCGUAUUUUUAUUGCUCUAGAGGUACAGCUACAAACUCCAAACACUCGUGGCAGGAUGUUCUUCGAGCAAUCCUCCAACAAUCAGCAUUCGACCCCAAGACAGGCAAGAUCUCUCCGGAUGUUCUGGAUGCUUACACAAAUUCUGGAGGGGCUUCAUCGCAAUUGCGAGAUUUCUCCUUUACCAACGACUGCGAGCGGUUGUUACACAGUAUCGUUAAAUCUGGGGUCAAGCUCAGAAUAAUGAUCGACGCCCUCGAUGAGUGUGACGAGCCCAAGAAACUCUUAGCUGCUUUGGUAAAAGCUUUCAAGGUUGUUCCUGGCGGACUUGAGCUGCUUAUGUCUAGUCGAUACGAAGUGCGUGUCCACGAAAAGUUUGUCGAUACUCCCAUGGCCAUAAUCGAUCUUCGGUCAUCAGUAUCCGAAACCGAUAUGUAUACGUACAUCAGCACUGAGGUCAAGGAAAGAGAAGACGACGAGAGACUCCUGGGAAGAAAAUACCCAGAACUCGAGGACAAGCUCAUCAAAAUCCUCUGUGAAAGGGCUGGCGGAAUGUUCCGCUGGGUUCAAUUGCAGCUCUCUUUCUUCUUCGAACGAAAACCCGACAUUCUCUUCAAAAAAACUGCUGAAGAUCAUCUCAAGAAGCUUGACACCGGCUCCGUCGCAGACGAUAACGACUUGAACCUUGCCUACAAAGAUAUCUUCGAACGCAACACCGCACCAGGCUCAGCCGAAUACAAAUAUGCGACCAGCAUUUACAGGAUAUUAUUGUGCAGCUUUAUGCCCUUGUCAAUAGCAAUGAUUAUCGAAGCUGUAGCUGCUCUCGGGAUUGAUACCCACAACGUUCAUGACACAUGCUUUCGUCGACUCACUGCAGAUUUCGUCGUUGAGAAUGCAAGUAGUGGAAAGCUGGAGUUUGCUCAUGUGUCAGUGAAGGACUACUUGCAAGGCAGGUCUGGGUCGCAAUACAGCAAACCGAUAUGCCACGCCCAAGUCGCCCUAAUGUGUAUAAAAUGCAUAUCUUCUCAGACUCCCUUCGCUCUUGAAAGAAUUGCGCGGAAGAGAGCAUUUUUUUGGUAUGCUUCAGACUUCUGGGGAGAACACUGUCGCGAGUCGACUGAAAAGAACCGGAAAAGUCUUGCCGUGUCCAAUGAGCUGGAUGCGUGGAUGCUUCAGGGAUUAGGCUCGACAACAUUUGAGAGUUGGGUCACUUGGCUCGACAAAAGCACUAUAUUUCUUAGUCUCAGCAGCGGGUUUAUCAAAAAUUUCAAGGCUUCGAAUAAUGGGUAUCUAGGUAGAUUGGUACUCUUAGCUUGCUAUUGGAAUCUCACCGAAGUACUAAGGAAAUUGCUUUCAGCACAUCCAGCCCCACACCUGAAUCUAUCUGUCGAUGACUGUACAUACAAACAAACAGCUGUAUCAUCAGGAAAAAUCCUUCACUUCAAUGUCGAGCUAGUCAAUACGGCUGAUCAACGCGAUUGGACGCCACUUCACUGGGCUUCUUGGAGAGGGCAACUUGAGGUUGUAAAGCUACUACUCGAGAAUAACGCUGAUAUUCAAGUGACUGAUAAAAACGGAGACACACCACUUCACGAGGCUUCUAGUGCAGGGCGUGUUGAGGUUAUAAAGCUACUACUUGAGAAAAUGGCUGAUGUACAAGCGGUUAAUAAUUACAGACGCACACCACUUCACGAGGCUUCUAGUGCAGGGUCUAUCGACGUUGUAAAGCUACUACUUGAGAAGGGGGCUGAUAUACAAGCGGUUAAUAAGUUCGGAAAUACACCACUUCAUAACGCUAUUUUGGAGGGGAAACUCGAGGUUGUGAAGCUACUCCUUGAAAAGAAAGCUGAUAUACAAGCGGUUAAUAAAGGCGGAAAAACACCACUUGACUAUGCUUCUGAGUACAACCGUUUCGAGGUUGUGGAGCUGCUCGAGAAAGAAGCUGAGAAGCGCAGGCAGGGUAAUCGUUGAAGAGAGAUGAUAAUUUUUGCAAAC